AUGGCUCCUCCUCCCAACUCCCGCCCGCCAACGCCGACGGCGUCAGCGGCUACGGGCGCCUCCUCGUCGCGAAUACACUCGCCGUCGCUAAAGGCCGCGCUCGCAAUGGCUCUCAUCCACUACAACCGCCUUCCCGGCAAAGCCAACACCACCGCCACCGCCACCGCCGCCGCCGCAGGCACAUCGCCCCCGCCUCUCCUCCACUGGAAGCGCAAGGCCAAGGACCGGAAGCGCGAAAUCCUCCGCCUCCGCGAGGACCUCAAGCUGCUCCAAGAUGGGGCUAGCGGGGAGGAGAUGGAGCCCCCGGUUGCGUCGUGCCGGUGCCACUUCUUCGACGGGUGCGGGGACCUUCCACCGCAGCAGGGUGGCGGUGGUGGGGAGCACUGGGUGGACGAGGUGCUGAGGAGGAGGUUUCUCAGACUCGUGCGGUGGAAGGAGAAGCGACGGCGAGUGGAUCGACCUCUUCCAACUUGUAGUUUGAUUGAUUUCAACAGUGAGGAUGAGAUGCAGCAGCUCAGCAUGUCGACUGAUUUCCUGGUGGAGCUAUCAGACGGCAUUUUGGCCAAAAGAGAAACUGGCCCCUCAUUUGCUACAUUUUCUCACCAAGCAGUAGAUUUCAUUUUGGCUACACUGAAGAACAUUCUUUCAUCAGAAAGGGAAAAGGAGCUAGUUGGGGAGAUAAUCGAUGGUUUAGUGACUCGUUUGAUGAAAAGGAUGUGCACUGUUCCUGAAAAUCCUGGUACUUCAGAUUCAGGAUCAACUGGCUGCUCAGAUGCCCAGUUCUCUGUGCAGCAUUUAUUCCGUAAGUUGGGAAAUGAUGAAUUCAUUGGUCAGCGGGUAAUCCUUGCAGUUUCUCAAAAGAUCUCAAAUGUAUCUGAAAGAUUGCUCUUGGUUGAUCCGUUUGAUGAUGCUUUCCCUGAUAUGCAUGACAAUAUAUUCAUCAUGAUUCAGUUACUCGAGUUCCUCAUAUCUGAUUACAUGAAAGUUUGGCUAUGCUGCGAGCAUAUGGACAAAAGGCUUUUUGAAGAAUGUACCAGAUCUGUUCUCAAGGCACGCAAUGAUUUGCGAAUCCUGGAAAACAUGAAUGGGCUCUAUGUGGUGUACAUUGAGCGUGUGGUCGGAAGGUUGGCAAGGGAGGUGGCUCCUGCUGCACAUCAGGGGAAGCUGGACCUAGAAGUCUUCUCCAAACUGUUGUGCUGA